AUGUCUGCUGCAACACCUACACAACAACAACAAAAAGCCGAUAAAAAACAACAAGAAAUAAGAGAAGAAGAAUUACGUGAUUUACAUGCCAAAACGCAUGAAAAGGCCACCAAAAUUUCCAAAGACACAAAGAAUUUUGCCAGGGAAGUAAAUGAAAAGGCUUCUAAAAAAUUUGAAGAAGGUGAGUCUUAUUUGAAAAAGAUUUACUCUAUUAUUGGUAAAUAUGCCAGUGCCACUAGCCAAUAUUUAAGUGCCAGUGUUGUGGAUGGAUCUGUACUUUUGAAAGAAAAAACAAAUGUAUUAUUGCAAGAGUUUAAGAACCCUGUCGUUUCUGGUCAUUUUAUCUUAGGAGUCAGUAUUUUAACUGCUAUUUUACAUGGUUAUGCAGAGCAUCAUGCCAGAUAUUUGAAAGGUAAGAGCGACAAAGAAAUUUUGUUGAUUACUGGUGGCAGUUUGCUGGCAUUAGUUGCAGAUGGAGUCUUGGUCAAAAAUUUAUAUCCAAAGUAUAAAAGGGAAUAG